GCCUGUGGUCCUUGCCUGUGUGUGCGCCUCUGUCCCCGCCUCCUGGCCACCUCAGCCCAGGAGCCAAGGAGGGAAGCUGAGCGGCCGAGGCUCCCGCUGCUGCCUCUGCUCCAGCCAGGAUGUGGCUCCUGCACACUCUGCUCUGCGUGACCGGCCUGGCUCCUGUGGCCGCCUUCAACGUGGAUGUGGUCCGGACCUGGGUGACUCCCGAGGGAGGCGCCCCCUACGUGCUCAGCUCCCUUCUGCACCAAGACUCCAGCACCAACCAGACCUGGCUUCUGGUCACCAGCCCCAGUACCAGCGGGACUGCAGAGCCCCUGCAUCAAUGUUCCCUCGUCCACGAUGAGCUCCGUUGCCACCCAGUUGAGCAUGUCUCCAUCCCAAAAAGGAGGUACCGGGGCGUGAUAGCUGUCCGGAACCAGCAUGGUGUUUUGAAUCUCCUGGAUCCCGAUGCCCAUGUGGAUGCUGGAGUCUGCUCCAGGAACAAAGAAGGCAGCACGGAGAACAGAGCCAGGCAGCGCCGGGCUCUGAAGGUGGAGGAGGAGGAAGAGGAGGAGGAGGAGGAGGGAGCAGGUACCGAGAUCGCCAUCAUCCUGGAUGGCUCAGGAAGCAUCGAUCCCCCAGACUUCCAGAGAGCCAAAGAUUUCAUCUCCAACAUGAUGAAGAACGUCUAUGAGAAGUGCUUUGAGUGCAGCUUUGCCCUGGUGCAGUACGGGACAGUCAUCCAGACGGAGCUUGACCUUCAGGACAGCCAAGACGUGACGGCCUCCCUCGCCAGAGUCCAGAACAUCACUCAAGUGGGCAAUGUCACCAAGACUGCCUCUGCCAUGCAGCAUGUGCUGGCAUCUGUGCAGGUGGGAGAUGCAUUUAAGAAUAACAAGACCUAUGAGCAACUGAAGCUGAUUGCCUCAGAGACCCCUGAGGCCCACGCCUUCAAGGUGACCAACUACAUGGCGCUGGAUGGGCUGCUGAGCAAAUUGCAGCAGAGCAUCAUUCGCGUGGAAGGCACGGUCGGAGACGCCCCCCACUACCAGCUGGCACAGGUCGGGUUCAGCGCCCAGAUCCUGGACGAGGGACAGGUGCUGCUCGGAGCUGUCGGGGCCUUUGAUUGGUCGGGGGGUGUGCUGCUCUAUGACACAAAUAACUGUCGGGGCCAUUUCCUGAACCAGACAGUGGUGGAUGCCAAGGCUGCGCAAUAUGGUUACCUAGGUUACUCGGUGGCUGUGCUGCACAAGCCCUCUGGCCUCGCCUAUGUGGCGGGGGCUCCACGGCACAGGCAGAGAGGGGCUGUGUUUGAGCUCCAGGAGGGCAGAGAGACUGACUUCGUGCCAGUGCUGGAGGGCGAGCAGAUGGGGUCCUAUUUUGGCUCUGGGCUGUGCCCUGUGGACAUUGACAUGGAUGGGACCACGGACUUCUUGCUGGUGGCGGCUCCAUUCUACCACAUUCAAGGAGAGGAGGGCAGAGUCUACAUGUACCGUGUGAACAAGCAGGAUGGUUCCUUCUCCUUGGAGCGCGAGCUGAUCGGGCAUUCCAGGUUAAUAUAUGCCCGAUUUGGCUUUGCCAUGGCAACGGUGGGGGAUAUCAGUCAGGACAAGCUCACAGAUGUGGCCAUCGGGGCCCCCCUGGAGGACUUUGGAGCAGAUGAUGGCGCAGGUUUUGGCAGCGUGUACAUCUACAACGGACGUUCUACCAACCAGCUGGUUAACCUCUCUACCAGCUGGUCACAGAGGAUCAGAGCCUCAGCAGUGGCCCCAGGACUCCACUACUUCGGCAUGUCUGUGGCCGGUGGCUUGGAUUUCAGUGGCGACGGCCUUGCUGACAUCACCGUGGGCGCUCUGGGCCGGGCAGCUGUGCUCUGCUCAAGACCUGUGGUUCCUCUGAAGGUGUCCAUGAACUUCGCCCCCAACGCACUGCCCAUUGGCUUCAGCGGCAGCGUGAAUGCGUGUUUGUGUUUUGAAAUCAGCUCUGAGACCACAGCUGCCAAGUCAGGCCUCAGAGAGACCGCUCUGAACUUCACACUGGACCUGGAUGUGAUGAUGCCGCGGAAAAGGCUGCAGUGCUCGGACGAGAGGGCGUGUCGGGGCAGCCUCCGGGACUGGGACGCUGGGCCCCAUCUCUGCAAGCCUUUCCUGCUCAUCCCCACAGAGGGGCAGCUCUGUCAGGAGGACUGCUUCUCCAACAUCAGCAUCAGGGUCAGCUACCAGCUCCAGACCCCUGAGGGCCGGAGGGACCACCCCCAGCCUGUCCUGGACUUAUACACUGAGCCCUCCACCAUCUUCCAGCUGCCCUAUGAGAAGGCCUGCAGGAAUAAGCUGUUUUGUGUCGCAGAGUUACAGUUGGCCACCACCGUCUCUCAGCAGGAAUUAGUGGUGGGUCUCACAAAGGAGCUGACCAUGAACAUCACUUGUGAGGAAGACAAGGACAAGCCGCCUUCUCCAAACAUUCAGUGUGAUGACCCUAAGCCAGCGGCUUCGGUCCUGGUCAUGAACUGCAAGAUUGGGCACCCCAUACUCAAGAGGUCAUCUAUAACCCUUUCAUUAGCUUGGCAGCUGGAGGAGAGCACCUUCCCAAACAGGACAGCCAACAUCACUGUGAUGAUCACCAAUUUCAACGAAAGAAGGUCUCUGGUCAGUAAGACCCACAGCCUUCAAUUCAAGCAUGCCUUCAUCGCAGUUCUUCCCAAGCCAUCGGUGAUGUACAUGAACACAAGCCGCGGGCUUUCUGACCACAAAGAGUUCCUCUUCAAUAUACAUGGGGAGAACCUCUUUGGAGCAGAGUUCCUGCUGAAAAUCUGUGUUCCGAUCAAAUUACAAGGUCUUCACCUUGUAAGAGUGAAGAACCUGACCAAGACUCAGGCUCACACUGUGUGCACUCAGACCCGGGAGCGUGUUUGCGGGAGCGAUCCGGUUCAGCUUGUGGAAGAAUGGCAUUCGGUGAGCUGUAACAUCUCCUCGGAUAAAGAAAAUGUAACCGUGGCUGCAGAGCUCUCCUUCAGUCAAUCAGAGCAGUUACCAAGAGAUGUAACUGAGCUGCAGAUCCUUGGUGAAAUAUCUUUCAACAAGUCUCUCUAUGAGGGGCUGAAUUCAGAGAACCACAGAACUAAGAUCACUGUCAUCUUCCUGAAAGAUGAGGAGGCAUAUUCCCUGCCUCUCAUCAUUAAAAGCAGUGUUGGUGGCCUUCUGGUUUUGAUCGUGAUUGUAGUCAUCCUAGUCAAGUGUGGCUUUUUUAAAAGAAAAUACCAACAGCUGAACUUGGAGAGCAUAAGGAAGGAUCAGCUGAAGUCAGAGAGUCUGCUCGAUGAAGAAAAUUAGGACCAGCUUCUUCAUCCGGUGGGAGAGUAUCUGCCAGUCCCUGAACUUCUGGAGACCUGGUGUCCUACUGGCUGCUCUUCCUUUAGGGUGAUGGAGAGCAGGAGCUAACAGAUCAUGGAAUGUUGUUUUAAAACCAUACAUUGUCCCCAAAGUGUCUGUGCAUUGUGCGAAAAAGAAAUCGGGGAAGCAUUUGGUAUUAAAUAAAGUUACACUGUUUUCUUUACAGAA